GCAAAGCUGACAGCUUCCGGUUGGGAGUCUGCACGUGUUCGACGAUACACUGAGGAUUUCGGAUCUUUCCACCACAGUUUGGGUUCUUCCCGGACUAUUUAGUCUGCUUCUCCUCGUACUGCUUGUCUUCCCAGGCGGUGGACGCGUGUCACGGUGAUCGGGAGAGGACAAACGUCUUCACCCAUGCUAGCUAAAAGAGGAGCUAGCGUUAGCCGAGCCGGAGGAGCAACGCGUUUAGAACCGAAGACCGCGUUAGAGAAAGGACCACGACACGUAACCCGGACAAUGAUUUAAUUCCUUAAAAUGGAUUACCAGUUCCCACAGCAGCUUUUCCCUUCGCAUUACACAGAGGGACCCCCGGACUUGGUGCUAAAACACUGCGCAGGUAACUGGGGCAGUUAUGACCGAGUCCUCCCUCAGGGCAGCUCGGGUCCCCCCUCCAGCUGGACGUUUACAGCCAGACAUCAGGCCAAAGGGGAGACAUGGCGUCUCACAGAGCCGAUACCAGUUCCCCUCCUGUCCCCGAAAAGCUGUUUUCUUUUGCCUUUGGAGCCUCCAAAUCCACUGAACUUCACAGAACAUAUGAAGAACUUCUACUUGGACCACUGCCAAGAUGCCUUCGGGUUCAUGGGGGAAAUGCUGAGCGAGAAUCUCAUCCAACCACCACAAAAGAGAUACACCAGGAAGUCGGUCUACGGUGUGAGAAGCGCCCUCGACAUGAUGAAAAUGGGUCCGCGCUCGUCCUGCUCCAAGUCCCUGGCGGCAUUUGGCGCCCUGCUGUAUGACGUGGUGCCCGCCGUGCCCACCGAGCUGCUGGGCUCUCUGCUGCACGAGGAGCUGAUGGAGCAAAGGGACAGCGCGCUGUUCUCCGAGGGGGCCACAGGUGGCGCCCUGGCCUUCGUUCCAUUCCCUCAGGGCGGCAGCGAGCCCCAGAGUGGCUGCCUCCUCUACCCCGGAAACCCGGGCCUGGACCGCCUCAACUUCCACAGAGUGGAGCUGCAGCACAGCAGGGGGGGUUCCUCCUGUGUGGACGUCAGCAGCAGUGACCCAUUCAGCUUCCAGCUGAAGGGCCCCGUCCGACAGAUCAGCUGCGCCUCCCUGUUCAACGACUGUUGCGUCGCUGUGCGCUCUGAUCACCUGUGUGGAGUCUGGAGGUUCAGUAAACAGGACGCGCCUCGCCUCCUGCAGGUAGUCAACACCAGAGAGGUCGCGACCUGUGUCAGCGUCAGUCCGCACAUCUUAGGUGAAGUCCUGGUGGCGAGUGAGAGCGGGGCGGUGGACCUCUGGCACGUAGGCAAAGGAAUGCAGAGGGUCCGGCACGAAGACAGUAACUUGUACUUCAACGCCAAGUCGUUGUGGCGAUGGGGCGAGUUCUCUGCCCACCCGAGAGUGAUGGUGUAUGCGGACAGGACGGGAGUGGAGCUCACAGACAUCCGGGAGAGUCCCGUCUCAAGUCACACCCUGUUUCGUAUCAGCAACACCUCAGAGUGUCGCAGCGGGGAGAGGCUUGUACUGUCUACUUACCUGGGAGACGUCCACACCUUCCAGCACCUCGUCACUACUCAGUGUUCAGCCUACAUCAUAGACGAGCGAUUCCCCUGCAUUGCCAUGCUCAAGUGGGAUCAUAUGAUGAAGUCCCCACCCAUGUUUUGUCAUGUAGUUUGUGAUUCUGCCUCCUCUGGCUCAGCAGUGGGUGGGGCUGGGGCUACCAAGGUGCUACUGGGCUCCCAAAAAUCUCAGGAAAUCACACUGCUGCAGUUUUUGGGAGGCAGAGCGAAGGCCACCUCCAGUCGAGGUCCUCCUCGUGCGCUUCUCAGACCCAAAGACAGUCUGCAACACCUUCCUGUCCAGAUCCCUCACCGCCUGGACCUAACUACAAGCAGGUUGUCUGCACCUGCUGCAGGUCUGACUUGUAUUCCAAUGAGAGCGGCAAGAGAGGGCGGUGGGGAUGAGUGCAUCUGUAUCCUCCAGCUGACGGAGGCAGGGGACAUCUUCUACCAUAACCUGGAGUCAGAGCUGACGGAGGCCGCUCCACCUCCUGCAGCAGAAGACGCUCAAACAGCAGCCCCAACUUCAGGGGCGGCGGCAGUCCACCAGCGGCCUAUGCUGGUCGUAUCGGAGACGUUGAGCGACAAGAACGUGAUUGGACCAACCCAGGGCCCGUCAGGGGCCAAAACACUGGAGGAGGAGCAAGAUGUGCACUCUGACUCCUCCCAGGACUCGGAGCCCCGACACAGGGGUCGCUUCAAUGCUUACUUUGGUCUGAAGGUCAUGGUCAACAGUGACCCCGAGCUGGAUCGAGGUAUUGAGGUACCGGAUCGCAGAGAUGACACUGAGGAGACCGGCAGGGUGGAGAACACUGGCGGGGUGGAGAACACCGGUGACGGGGUCUCUGUCAGCUUGGGUGCCGCAGAGUGUCGGCCUCCGCCAAAGCUCAGCAACGAGGCUCUCGUCGUGUGGAAACAUUGGCUCCAGAAGUUGGUGCAGAGGAAUCGCAAGAAGGGGCCCGCCCGUUGGCGCUGUCAGCAGCACCAGGCAGUCCCAACCGAGGCCCUCCUCCCAUCGGGCAGUGUGGCGAGGGAUCCCACUGAAGGGGCCCGAGUGCAGAGCCUGAGGGGCGACCUGAGAGCGUGCAUGGCCAAGCGAGCCCUGCUGCUCCACGCUGCAGUCUCCGCCCCCCUGGAGGCUCCGCCCAUGGUGGCAGUACCCGGCGCUGUGGAAACAGAAGCCUGGCUGGACAAUAUCAGCCAGCGUUUGACUGUGUCCUGGCAGGGCGAGGAUGCGUGGCUGGCAUGGUGGAGGGAGCAUCUGGGUCUGAACCGGGAGGACAAGGUGAAGGCCCUGAAGAGAAAGAGGAGGUGGGAGAAGGACUUGAGGAGAGCUGCGGGCCGGCGCAUGGAUCUGUCCGGGAGCUUCACCUCCUCAGUCAGCUACCAGUCAGAGCUGAGCGACUUCUCUGACACGUCGGGCUGGUCCUCCGUCUUGAGCCAGGGGACGUGGUCAGAGAACCAGGAGAGACUGUCCCAGGCAGACAGCUCUCUGGAGGACAGGACUCCCAGAGCCACCACACCCACCACACCGCCCGCCACACAAACUUGCACGCCAGUUGCCGUGCCGACAACCACGCCAGGUGACCAGCAGACUACCAGUAACGCCCUGUCCCAGACGCCAAGACGGGAUUCCACACCAUCCAAUCAGAGGAGACCGAAGCGUCCAGCAGACGACUACCUCCACGUUCUGUUUGCUCCACAGGAUGAGGCCCCGCAGCACGAUGGUUAUUUCCAGGGAGGGGAGAGCGCCACGCACCAAUCGGCACCACCACCGCCGCGCAGGGCCCAGUCCUCCGCCCUGGGCAACCUCUGGCUGCACCUGUCACAGGACGCCACCCACUCUCAGCCUCAGACCCUCUCCCAGAGUUCAAGGGGGCGCCCGGGCUCGUCACAGACGUCGCAGCCAAAGAAGAAGUCUCGGAUGGGAUUUUGAUCGGAACUCACUCUUCCUGUGACGUGGAUUAAACAGUGUUCCUGCAGACUGGAUCUAACGGGGCAAGAAGACUGCAGACCAGUUUGGUAGGACUGAAUGAAAGUUCUGUGUGUGUGUGCGCGAUAUAAUGAGGCUUUCACUGGUUAAUGCGGUGACUCCCUCAGAGAUGAACACUGCUGUCUUAUUCUCAGCUGAAGGGUCAAUAGAUGACUAGAGGACGUUGAUCUCUGGAUGGCAGAAGAGUUAAAAUAUGAAGUUAAAAGUAGUAGGAAACUCAUUUUUAAAUGGAUCCCUAUCAAAGUAUAAUUUUUUUUUCCAACUUCAAACUCUUGUGGGUGUAUGUUCAGUGCCCUAUUGUGCAGUUCUUUCACAAAAGUCCCUCAGUUUGUUUGAUGUAAUAAACAAGAGCAACAAUA